CAGCCGGAGAUCAAUUUCCCAACUAGGGCUUUGUGAGCAAGAACAAAACCUCAGGGGCCUGACUUCGUUUCCCACCCGCUCAUAAUCCGAUCUUCAAUCCUCCAAUUACAGUUUCGAGCUAGGAGAAACAACCAUGAGCACCGUCGUGAAAGCCGGCGAUCUCUGUAAGCUACGACGCCUACUCCAAUCUCGUCCGUCGUCUAUGGCCGCCCGAGCCAUCUCGACUGCUUCUUCUCCGCUGCUUGGACGAUCAUCUAUCGUCACCAACCGUCUCUCGCCGGCCAAUAGUCUCUCUCCGUUCCUCAACACGGUCACUCGCCAUUUCCACAGUGCUCGGGAUCCUAGUGCCAGGCACGAGAUCGAGCCGCCAAUCAACUUUGGAAUUCAGAUUGUGCCAGAGAAGAAGGCGUUUGUAAUCGAGCGUUUUGGGAAGUACAUGAAGACAUUGACUCCAGGAAUUCACUUGCUAGUUCCAUUCGUAGACAGAAUUGCCUAUGUGCAUUCCCUCAAGGAAGAGGCUAUUCAAAUUCCGGAUCAAUCGGCCAUUACCAAGGACAAUGUCAGCAUCCACAUUGAUGGUGUUCUAUACAUCAAGAUAGUUGAUCCUAAACUUGCUUCCUAUGGAGUUGAUAAUCCAUUGUAUGCCGUGAUUCAACUUGCACAAACAACUAUGCGUAGUGAGCUUGGAAAGAUAACGCUGGACAAGACUUUUGAGGAAAGAGAUACUUUAAAUGAAAAGAUAGUGAUGGCCAUCAACGAAGCAGCCACUGAUUGGGGGUUGAAGUGUCUCCGUUAUGAAAUAAGGGAUAUAUCUCCUCCUCGCGGUGUUAAGGCAGCUAUGGAGAUGCAAGCUGAAGCUGAACGGAAGAAAAGGGCCCAAAUUCUGGAAUCAGAAGGACAAAUGCAAGCAAAUAUUAAUAUUGCUAAUGGAAGGAAAAAUGCUGUUAUCCUUGAAUCAGAAGCUGCAAAAAUGGAUCAGGUUAACAGAGCUCUAGGUGAAGCUGAAGCCAUUUUUGCCCGAGCAGAAGCUACAGCAAAAGGAAUUACAGUGGUUUCUCAAACUCUCAAGGAACACGGCGCUGCUGAGGCAGCAAGUCUCAGAAUUGCUGAACAGUACAUUCAAGCCUUCAGUAACAUUGCGAAGGAGGGCACAACAUUAUUGCUUCCAACGGGUGCUUCUGACCCAGCCUCCAUGAUUUCUCAAGCUCUAUCCAUCUACAAAGGAAUGAAUGCCAACAAUUCUAGCAGCAGCCGGCCCACUGAGCUCUCGCCUAACAAAGCCGAGAAGAGUUCCUCAACUGGAAUUUCAGAUGGUCAGUGGUCUAGUGCUUGCAGUAAACCAAGCAAUGCAGAUGGAGCUAGCGGCGCAGGUUUCUCACUGAGACUUCGCAACCACAAAGAGGAGUAAGUGGAUGCCAAACCAUUUUGGCGAAAUGUGUAGACCGGCAGGCACUGUUUUCUCUUUUGUAGUGGUGAAACUAUUUUGAGGGAUCACAUGAAAAUUCCCUAGGGGCCAUACUGUUUUUAGACACACAAAAAAACAUUUGAUCCCGACGGAGUUCCAAUUGUUUGAUAUCCGAAGGGUGUUUUCCUUGGAACUUAAAGAAUAUGGCAUUUCUUUCCUUACACAGAUGUGACCUUAAGUUUCAAUGGCACUAGUUGCCCCGAGCCCUCGGGUUGUUACUUGUUAAGAGAGUAUUAUUUCAACAAAAAUCCCUUUGAUAGUGUGAUGCCCCAUGAAGACAUUAUGGUAUA